AUGUGCAAAGUUGGUCUGCCUCUCGUACCCCAUCGAGAACCACCAGGUCAACCUCUUUCCUUCAGCUUUGGCACUAUUAUUAGUCAGAAUUUGAGACUUGUAACGACUAUUCAAGAACUUGCAUUGUUCCAACCCCAGAGUGCCUUGACUUUAGCUCAAAUAUCACCCGCUAUUAGCAGCUGCAAUAGAAUCGACAAGUCCAAGGUCUCAAGCUGUCAAGAGAGUAAUCAUUGCGGCGGAACUUGGCUUAAGGCGUCAAAAGAUCCAAGACUUGUGGC